AUGGCACCCGGGGAAGGAGGCUACCGCCAGAUUAACAAGGCUCUCAACAUAUGCGUUUUUGAAGAUUACCUAGAGACCCAGCAGAGAUGUCUGCCCACACUGCCCGAUGUAGAGCAGCUUAGCCCGCGAGUGAUUAGAAUCCUCGGUCAGAACCCAGGAAAGGCAAGCUCUAUCUAUCUCUCUCUAUUCACUCUACAAGGAACAAACACAUUCAUCGUCGGGACGGGUUCCAAACGCCUCCUCAUUGACACCGGCCAGGGCAUCCCAGAUUGGGCCGAUCUGAUCUCUGAUACUCUUUCGGCCAGUGGGAUUUCCCUCUCACACGUCCUUCUCACUCACUGGCAUGGCGACCAUACUGGCGGGGUCCCCGACCUCAUCCGCCUAUAUCCGGAGCUGGCCUCGUCAAUCUACAAGCACACGCCGAGCACGACGCAACAGCCUAUCGUAGACGGUCAGGUCUUCCGCGUCGAGGGCGCCACCAUGCGCGCGGUGCACACACCGGGUCACACCGACGACCAUAUGUGCUUCAUCCUCGAAGAGGAGUGCGCCAUGUUCACGGGCGACAACAUCCUUGGCCACGGCACCUCUGCCGUGGAGCACCUGCGAACGUGGAUGGAAACGCUGCGCAAGAUGCAGGCCGAGGGCUGUGAACGGGGUUACCCGGCGCACGGUAUUGUGAUUGCCGACCUGCGGGCCAAGAUUGCCGGAGAGCUGGCGCAGAAGCUGCGACGCGAGCGACAAGUUUUGAAGGCUCUGGUGCAGGCCAAGCGCGAUGAUAGAGGUGUCGGCCAGGGGCAGGGACGAGGCAAGAGUAGCGUCACGGUCAAGCAGCUUGUGGCGGCUAUCUAUGGGGAGAGAGUGGAGGUGGGGCUUAGGGAGUUGGCGCUGGAACCAUUCAUGGCCGAGGUUCUGCGAAAAUUGGCUGAGGAUGGCAUUGUGGCAUUUGAGGUGAGGGGAGGAGUGAAGAAGUGGUUUGCGCUUGAGGAGUAUAGGUCCAAUUAA